AUGAAUACAACUGCGUCUGACAGCGUCUUUGAUUUUAUAACUAAAUAUUCACUUUAUAGCAGUUGUCUCAUACUCACGUUAGGCAUAUUUGGUAAUUUAUUGAAUAUUCUGGUUUUCACGAAACUGAAAAUCUUCCGAAGUAAUCGAUCUGCAUUCUACUUAACCAUUGAAUCAAUCUCGAAUCUUUUAUUUCUCUUAUAUAUCAUCAGUUUGAAUAUUCUUAUCUGGAUUUACUCGAUCGAUGCGACAGAAUAUUAUCCAAUUUGGUGUAAACUUCGAUAUGUUUUACUCCAAGCACUGAUAUUAAUCUCUUAUUCAAUGAUCUGUUGCGCAGCAAUCGAUCAAUAUUUUUCAACGAACUGUCGUUUACAUUUCCGACAAGUGUGUACAUUGAAACUGACUCGAUAUGUGGCUUCCACACUCAUGUGUAUUUGGAUUGCCCAUAGUAUUCUAUUCGGAUGUUUUUCGGAUAUCCAACCUGGAUAUGGGUGUGUACUCUCAAGUCGUAUUUAUCGACAGUAUGUAACAUAUUUUGUCUAUCCAGUCUUCAUUGGUCUGUUGCCGAUCUUCACGGCAUCAGUGUUUAGUUUAUUAGCUUUUCGUAACGUACGUCAUAUCAUUCGACGGCAAAGUUCUAUUAACCGUCGUCGGCUAGAUCGACAAAUGACUACACUUGUGCUUACACGUGUGAUUAUUUUUGUUUGUCUGGGAACACCUUAUACUAGUUUUCGAAUAUAUUCUUUAAAUUCCUCGGUUCCUCGAAAUAAACCAAUGAUAUUUGCGAUUGAGCAAUUAUUACAAUGCAUAUUUACGUUUUUAAUCGCUUUGAAUUCUUCGAUUAGCUUUUACAUUUUCGCGAUUUGUUCAUCUCGUUUUCGUCGACAGGUGAAGUCUGUUUUCGUGAAAAAGUGCUGGAAACGAUGGAAGUGUGUAUGUUGUUCAAGAUGUCCUCUUAACUUUCAAGAGAAUCAAUUAGCGUCUCAUUCAAACAUGGAAUAUGAAGAUCCUAAUUAA